GCAUGCAUUUCAGGCGAGAGAGUGUAUGGUGAGAGGUUUUGAGGCUUGUGCGCUUGGAAAAAAAUAUGACCUGGUAAUGAAAUGGAAGAGAACGACUACUUCUUGGAAGGAUCCUAGGUAGCCGUCGCACCUGAAGCAGCCAAGAUGCUCAGCGCAAGGGAAUUUGAUCAACUUCGUUUUGACAGACAACUACUGAAAUUGACACCGCAGUAAUUACGCCCACAUCAGUCGCCUAUUUGAUUGGAAUAUUUGUUGAUGAAAAUAAUGGAUUCCACAUGUGUCUGGCUCUGCUGUCCUCAACACCCUGAAGAACUUAACUCGGGAAGCUAUGCCGUAAAUGUCGGAGUUUCACAUCUGUAAGUAAAUUCUUGUACAGGAGAAUCAGGAUGAAAAGAUGGCAGCCAUGCUGUUACCAACGGGUCCUGAUGGCUUGCGCCAGUUCACUCGCGCUUCCCUGGCUGCCAUCGAGCAGCGGAUUGCGGAGGAGCAGGCCAAGAACGCCAAGGAUUACCAGGAGGAUCUGGGGAAUGUGGAGCUGCCCAAGCCCAGGGCUGACCUGGAGGCCGGCAAGCAGCUUCCACGCAUCUUUGGUGACAUUCCAGCAGGACUUGUUGGGGUUCCUUUGGAUGACAUCGACCCUUUUUACUUCAAAAACCAGAGGACCUUUAUAGUACUUAACAAAGGGAAGGCCAUCUUCCGAUUCAGUGCCACGUCUGCGCUUUACAUAUUUACCCCUUUUCACCUCAUCAGAAGAAUCUCUAUAAGAGUCUUAGUCCAUUCAUUGUUUAGCCUCUUUAUAAUGUGCACUAUUUUGACCAACUGCUGUUUUAUGGCAAUGUCUGAUCCGGCCCCAUGGACCAAGUACUUGGAGUACACAUUCACUGGUAUAUACACGUUUGAGUCACUACUAAAGAUAUUUGCAAGAGGAUUCUGUGUAGGACCGUUCACCUUCCUAAGAGACCCAUGGAACUGGCUGGAUUUCAGUGUCAUCGUCAUGGCAUACGUGACUGAGUUUGUGGACCUUGGCAAUGUGUCUGCGCUAAGAACUUUCAGGGUACUCCGUGCUCUGAAAACCAUCUCAGUCAUCCCAGGCCUGAAGACCAUCGUUGGCGCUCUGAUCCAGUCAGUGAAGAAGCUGGCCGACGUGAUGAUCCUGACCGUGUUCUGUCUGAGUGUGUUCGCCCUCAUCGGCCUGCAGCUCUUCAUGGGGAUCCUACGUCAGAAGUGUAUCCGCAGCACGGCCCACUGCGUCAACUCCACCUUCAACCCCAAUGACACUUUUGUCUGCAACAACAGGACUUGGAACUCAAUGCUAGAUUUUGUUACCAAUGAGGAUAAUUUCUACAAAGUUGUGGGAGCAAAGGAUGCCUUAAUAUGUGGAUAUGGAAAUGAUGCAGGGAAAUGUCCUGAUGGGUUUGAUUGCCUCAGGAUAGGGAGAAACCCCAACUAUGGCUACACCAGUUUUGACAGCUUUGGAUGGGCUUUUCUGGCUCUCUUUCGACUAAUGACACAAGACUACUGGGAGAAUCUGUAUCACCAGACUUUGCGAUCAGCAGGGAAGACCUACAUGGUCUUCUUUGUGCUGGUGAUUUUCCUGGGCUCCUUCUACCUGGUCAACCUGAUCUUGGCCGUGGUUGCCAUGGCCUACGAGGAGCAGAACCAGGCCACCAUCGCCGAGGCGUGGCAGAAAGAGAGAGAGUUUCAACUGGCUAUGGAACACCUGAGGAAAGACCAGAGGGCAGCACGGAGAAACCACGAGACAGAAUCGGUGGUUUCCCCCCAGAUGUCCCCCUUUUGCCUGAAGGAGGGCAGUAUACGCCGGAGCAGGAAGAGAUCCCACCGAACGCUCUCCGAAGAAACCCCAGAGGAGGCAGAAGAGAAGUUUGACCCCCUGGAUGAGCUCAUGCUCCCCACGUCUCCUCUGCCUGUGCACCCCUUCCUGGCCUCCCUGUCCUCCCACCCCCUCAGCACCCGCAGAGGCAGCCAGAUCAGCAUCUUCACUUUCCGUCCACGCAACAAUUCCGAGGCCGACUUUGGUGACGACGAGUACAGUCUCCAUGGGGACACGGUGAGGAGUCGUGCUGGUUCCACUGUCACCCCGUGGCACAAGAAGAGAACUGGCAGCGUGAGGAGCCACUGCUCCCAGGUGUUCACCCCCAGCCUAAACAUCAACGGCAGACUCAACAUAUCCCUGGACCAGAAUGGAGUGACCACCAUGGGGCUGCACACCCCCACCUCUCUGCCUGCCUGCAGCAUGGAGAAGGUCAAAGAGGACACGGAACCCACUUGUGUGGAAGAGUCAAGCCUUAAUCCUGUUCCCCAGCCCUCCCCAGAUGUGCUGGAGGCCCCACUGCGCAGGAAGAGAAUUCUGAGCUCUGUCAGCUUCUUCAGCGAUGCCAUGGAGGGUGAGGGUCACUUCAGAGAGCUGGAAGAGUCAAGACAGAAGUGCCACCCCUGCUGGUACACCUUCGCUAAGAAGUACCUGAUCUGGGACUGCAGCCCCAUGUGGCUGAGGGUGAAGGAGUGGGUCAAGUUUGUGGUGAUGGAUCCCUUCGUAGAUCUGGCCAUCACUGUGUGCAUUGUCCUCAACACCCUUUUCAUGGCCCUGGAACACUACCCCAUGACAGACAAGUUUAAUGGGAUGCUUUCCAUCGGCAAUCUGGUGUUCACAGGAAUCUUCACAGCAGAGAUGGUGUUUAAGGUCAUUGCUCUGGACCCAUACUACUACUUCCAACAGGGCUGGAACAUGUUUGAUGGCAUCAUCGUUUGUCUCAGUCUGAUGGAACUGGGCCUCUCCGACGUUGAAGGCCUAUCUGUGCUCCGCUCCUUCAGACUGCUGAGAGUCUUCAAGCUCGCAAAGUCCUGGCCUACGUUAAACACGCUCAUCAAGAUCAUUGGGAACUCAGUGGGCGCUCUGGGCAACCUGACGCUGGUCUUAGCUAUAAUUGUCUUCAUCUUUGCUGUGGUGGGCAUGCAGCUGUUUGGGAAGAACUACCAGGACUGUGUGUGUAAGAUUUCUAAAGACUGUACUCUGCCUCGAUGGCACAUGAAGGACUUCUUCCAUUCAUUUCUGAUCGUGUUCCGGGUGCUAUGUGGGGAGUGGAUCGAGACCAUGUGGGACUGUAUGGAAGUGGCCGGACAGCCUCUCUGUAUCCUGGUCUUCAUGCUGGUCAUGGUUAUAGGAAACCUGGUGGUCCUAAACCUCUUCCUGGCCCUGCUUCUCAGCUCCUUCAGCUCUGACAACCUGUCAUCUCCUGAUGAGGACGGAGAGAUGAACAACAUCCAGAUAGCCGUCGCUCGCAUCCACAACGGCAUCAGUUGGCUCAAGGAAUUCCUCAUCGACCUUUUCAACGGUAACCUGGGGAAGCGAGGUCUAAAGGCCAAAGAGGCCAGGGCUUCUAUCAAACUGCAGCCCGUGGCCAACCACAUGGAGGGCAAUGGCAUUGUGGGAGUUAUCGGACGCUAUGGGGAAAAGUACACUGUACCAGAGGAGGACAGCUACAUGACUAAUCCCAACCUGACCAUAAGUGUUCCCAUCGCCCCUGGCGAAUCAGACGUGGAGUUCCUAGAGGAGGAAGAGGAGAUCUCCGAGUCCUCAGAAGAUGAGGAGAACAAACCGGAAAAGGUCAGCCUAUCGGAGGGCAGCACAGUGGACCUGAGGAAGCCAGGGGAGGAGGAGGAUGAGUUCUCGGAGCUGGCAGAGGAACUAAUGGACCCAGAUGACUGCUUUCCUGAAUUCUGUGUGAGGCACUGCAAAUGCUGUGAGAUCAACACCACACAGGGCCUAGGCCAGGCCUGGUGGAGAUUGAGGAAGACCUGCUACCAGAUUGUAGAACACAGCUGGUUCGAGACGUUCAUCAUAUUCAUGAUCCUGCUUAGUAGCGGGGCACUGGCGUUUGAGGAUAUUUACAUAGAAAAAAGGAAAGUAGUGAAGGUGGUGCUGGAAUAUGCUGACAGGGUGUUCUCCUACAUCUUCGUCCUGGAGAUGUUUCUGAAGUGGAUAGCAUACGGCUUCAAGAAGUACUUCACCAACUACUGGUGCUGGCUGGAUUUCCUUAUUGUGGAUGUAUCCUUGAUAAGCUUGGUAGCAAACUCACUAGGAUAUUCAGACUUUACCGCGAUCAAGUCUCUGAGGACGCUCCGAGCUCUAAGACCCCUGAGAGCCCUAUCCAGAUUUGAGGGCAUGCGUGUGGUUGUGAACGCCCUCAUUGGGGCCAUCCCCUCCAUCAUGAACGUGCUGCUGGUAUGUCUCAUCUUCUGGCUCAUCUUCAGCAUCAUGGGGGUCAACCUGUUUGCUGGAAAGUUUGGGAAGUGUGUAAACCGAACUGGAUUCAUCCACAACGCUUCCUUAGUGAACAACAAGUCCGAUUGCUUAGCCAUGAAUGAUACCCAGUUCUACUGGACUAAGGUGAAGGUAAACUUCGACAACGUCGGACUCGGCUACCUCUCACUGCUGCAAGUGGCAACAUUUAAAGGAUGGAUGGAAAUAAUGCAUGCAGCUGUUGAUUCACGAGGCGUGGAAGAACAACCCAUUAGAGAGAUCAACCUCUAUAUGUACUUAUACUUUGUCAUCUUCAUCAUCUUUGGCUCCUUCUUCACCUUAAAUCUUUUCAUUGGUGUCAUCAUCGACAACUUUAACCAGCAGAAAAGAAAGUUAGGGGGACAAGAUAUUUUCAUGACUGAAGAACAGAAAAAGUACUACAAUGCGAUGAAAAAACUAGGAUCUAAAAAGCCCCAAAAGCCUAUUCCAAGACCCAUGAACGUGGUUCAAGGCUUCUUCUUUGACCUGGUGGCCAAGCAAGCCUUUGACAUAAUAAUCAUGAUGCUCAUCAUAGUCAACAUGGUGACCAUGAUGGUGGAGACGAAUGAGCAGUCGGAACGCAUGGAGUCCAUCCUCAACAAGAUCAACCUGGUCUUUAUCUUCAUCUUCACCAGUGAAUGCCUCAUCAAGAUUUUUGCCCUCCGCUGCUACUUCUUCACAGUUGGCUGGAAUAUCUUUGACUUUGUGGUGAUAAUCCUUUCCAUUGUGGGUAUUGUCUUAGCUGACAUCAUCGAGAAAUACUUUGUGUCUCCAACUCUGUUUCGAGUAAUCAGACUGGCAAGGAUAGGACGUGUACUUCGACUAAUACGUGGAGCCAAAGGAAUAAGGACUUUACUGUUUGCCUUAAUGAUGUCCAUGCCAGCGUUGUUUAACAUUGGCCUCCUGCUUUUCCUUGUCAUGUUCAUAUAUGCUAUAUUCGGUAUGGCUAACUUUGCUUAUGUGAAAAAGCAAGACGGGAUUGAUGACAUGUUCAACUUUGAAACGUUUGGGAAUAGUAUGAUUUGCCUCUUCCAGAUAAGCACCUCGGCAGGGUGGGACAACCUGCUCAGUCCUAUAAUGGCUAACUCCCCAGAGGAAUGUGAACUAGACUUUGUCAACACCGGUACGAAUGCAAAGGGGAACUGUGGCAACCCUUCGGUAGGAAUUGCUUUCUUCGUUAGUUACAUAAUCAUCUCCUUCCUCAUUGUGGUGAACAUGUAUAUAGCUAUCAUUCUGGAAAACUUCAGCGUAGCCACAGAGGAAAGCACAGAACCUCUCAGUGAAGACGAUUUUGAGAUGUUCUAUGAGGUCUGGGAGAAAUUUGAUGCAGAAGCCUCUCAGUUCAUAGAAUUUUCCAAGCUUUCAAAUUUUGCUGACAAUCUGUCAGAACCACUGCGGAUUGCUAAACCCAAUAAAAUCAAGUUGAUCUCCAUGGACCUCCCCAUGGUCAGUGGGGACAAGAUCCACUGCCUGGACAUCCUGUUUGCCUUCACCAAGCGCGUCCUGGGAGAGUCUGGGGAGAUGGAUGCUCUAAAGCAGCAAAUGGAGGAGAAGUUCAUGAUGGCCAAUCCGUCCAAGAUUUCCCACGAGCCCAUCACCUCCACACUGCGGCGUAAACAGGAAGAAGUAUCAGCCACCAUCAUCCAGAGAUGUUACAGGAGGCAUCUGGUACGGCGACAGAUGAAACAAGCCUCUUUUCUGUAUAGACAAAUCAACAAGGAGCAUGUGGUUGAUGUGGAGAUUGCUCCAGAGAAGGAGGGCCUUAUAGCCUCCAUGAUAAAAGAACAUUAUGGGACAGGAGAGGUAGAUGUUGUGGAGGUAAUGGAGGGAACACUGUCCUCAUUGCCACCAUCUUAUGACAGUGUGACCAGGGUCGCAAGUGACCUCUCUCAAAUAGAAAGACCUGUCUCCAGACACUCUGAGCUAGGGGAGCCCAGACCUUCAUCUGAAAUAUAUGAGGAGACAUUUCUUUAAGACAUUAAUAUUUUUAUAGUAUUUAGGUCUUUUUUAAACAAAGUCAAAACAAAUAAAAAUAAAAAGAUGGCUCCCAGGAAAUUUGUGAUAAAAUGUUUUUGAUUUUAGUCUAUUUCCAGUAUACAAUCAUGAUGUGUUGAUGAGGUAUAUAUACCUACGGAAAAUCUAAGUGUGUCCGACAUCUUUAUAUCCAAAUGUUACACCUAAAAUAUCUAUGAAAAUAUAUAGAAAGUUAUGCACUGAUUUUAACUGACAACCUUUUAUUUUAAAGAGGACGCGAUUGGACAAUCUUUUUGCUACAGUACAAGAAGCACAAUGACAAUGAAUCAAAUAGUAAUGCAUGUAGGUUUCAGGUGAUGUAUGUCAGAUAUAUGGCAGCUAGCUAAAUACCACAAAGGUUUGAAAGUUUUAUGAAACCGUAUUUAGUAUUUUCUGUGUGACACUUGUAACAUUUGUAGAACAUUCUCAUGAAAAGUUGGGUUACACAUUUGGAUUAAAAGUAGCAAGUAGUAGUUCAAAUUCAUUUAAUCCUGAUUUGAAAUAUUCCAAAACAUCCCAGAUAGUGAUGAUGAAGGUCUGCGUAGUAAUUCCAGCAUCAUGUGCCUGAUUUGUGAUGAUUUGUCUUCUGCACACUUUGAAAUCCCUUUUACCAAUUAAUUUGAUUUGAUGGAUUGUAAUAGCAUGGAUGCACUUCAAGCUUCCUUUUAAAUAAUAUGUUUAAAGGUUUAUGGGGUCAUAUAUGUAAAACGAAUUUGUAUAUAACUUUUGUAAUGUACAUAUAUUUUAAGAAUAUUUCAAUGGUAUGCCACCAAAUUAAAGGA